AUGGAGAAGAUGCCCUUCUUCUUGCCGGCGGAGCUCGCAGGCGCAGCCUUUGCCUUCGGGAACGCGCUGGACGUCGGCGUCGGGGGCGCGCAUGCGCUGCCGCUGCUGGCGGCGGUGGCCAGAGAGGGCGCGCGCUCGGCGUUCCGCCUGGAGGCCGUGCACCUCGCCGGCCUGCUGCAGAGCUGCGUGCGCUGGCGCCCGCCGGUGCCCGCCGCGGACCUCGCGCGCUUCGCGGAGGCCCUCCAGAGCCGCUCCGACCUCGAGCCCGCGGCGGCCCUGAGGGCCGGGGGCUACCUAGAGGAGCUGCGGCUGCUCGCGCCCUGCCACGGCGGCGAUGCGGACGCGGCCCCGCCAGCGCCCGCCGCCGCGGGCGGCGCCUCCGCCGACCGGGCUGGCACCGCGGGUGGGCUGUGCUCGGCGGCGCCAGCCGCGGUCACCCUGAGCGGUGCCGAGCGCGCCGCGGGACACGGGCCUGGCCCGGCGGCGCCGCGG